UUAUUACACCCAUGAUUUAAUAAAUACAAGUUUUGUUAUUGUGUAAUCUAUUUAGUCUGUGAUUUAAUUUAUUUGCUUGGUGAAUUUAUUGAGAAUAUACCUAAUUUAAAUAAGUAAAAUGGAACCACCGUCGGAUCAAGUUUCAUUUACAAUAAAUGGACAAACUUACACCGUGAAACCAGAUGGAGUCAAAAUAACUGCAACUACUUCAUUAAAUACAUUUAUCAGAAAUGUAGCUCAAUUAAAAGGAACGAAAUUCAUGUGUCUAGAAGGAGGCUGUGGAAGUUGUCUAGUCACUGCUGAAUUUGAUCACCCAAUUACAAAAAAUCGUUCUAUUGUUGGGGUCAAUUCGUGCCUGGUUACAGUUUUAUCUUGUGAUGGCUGGAAAAUUACAACAAUUGAAGGGAUUGGCGAUAAAAAGAAGGGAUAUAAUGUCGUACAAAAACGGUUGGCUCAAUUUAAUGGCACACAAUGUGGUUACUGCUCACCGGGUAUGGUUAUGAACAUGUAUUCGUUAUAUCAAUCUGAAGGGAAAGGAUUAACCCAAAAACAAGUUGAAAAUUCCUUUGGUGGAAAUAUAUGCAGAUGUACUGGUUAUCGUUCAAUUGCUGAUGGGUUCAAAACAUUAACAGUUGAUGCAGAUCGAAAACUGUUGGAUAAAUGCCAAGAUUUAGAAGAAUUAAGUAUCUGCUCAAAGACUGGAACAUAUUGUGCAAAAGAAUGUCAGAAAAAGAGUCCAAAUUACAUUGAGCAAUAUUCCCCUCAAAAAUAUAUUUAUAUUUGUACUGCAAAUGAAAAAUGGUACAAAGUAUUUAAAUUAUCUGAAUUACUUGAAGUGUUAAAAAGUAUUAAUAACAAUAAGUACAGGCUUGUUGCUGGAAACACGGCUCAUGGUGUCGUUCGUCGUGAUCCUGAUAUUUCAGUUUACAUUGACGUCAAUUCAGUAGAAGAACUUCAUUGUUUAAAUAUUUCUGAAACGGAAAUAAAAUUGGGCGCAAAUACAUCCUUAACGGAAGCCAUGAAAUUAUUUUUGAAAAUUUCUAGGGAAAAACCUAAAUUUGCCUAUUUGAAAGAAGUUUUUGAUCAUUGGGAUCUUGUUGCAAAUGUACCUGUGCGAAAUAUUGGAACUAUUGCUGGAAAUUUAGCAUUAAAGCAUGGCUAUAAAAGAUUUCAAUCUGAUAUAUUUUUAACAUUGGAAACCUUUGGAGCCAAAUUAACUAUUGUUUCUAAAGACGAUACAACGGAACAAAUUGUAUCACCUAAAGAAUUUCUGGACUUGAAUAUGGAUGGUCGAGUUAUAGUCGGUGUGACGUUUUACCCAUUAGUAGGAAAUUACGCAUUUCAAACUUACAAAAUUAUGCCACGGGCACAAAACACUCACGCUAUUGUCAAUUCUGGAUUUUGUAUCAAGUUAGCGGACGAUAAGAACAAAGUACUAGAUGCGACAAUUGUUUAUGGGGCCAUUAAUGAAGAUUUUGUUCACGCAAGUGAGACUGAAAAGUUACUUGUUGGCAGAAACUUAUACGAUAACGACACAAUUCAGGCAGUGUGUAAGAGUUUAGACAAGGAAUUAAAAUGUGAUAUUUCUCCUCCAGAUCCUGUACCAGAAGCAAGAAAACAACUUGCAAUUAAUCUCUUUUACAAGUUUGUUUUAAAUACUGCACCGAAAAAUUUAAUUCAUCCAAAAUAUCAAAGUGGUGCUCCUAAAUUUGAUAGGCCUGUUUCAAAAGGACAGCAAGAUUAUGUAACUAAUGAAAAAUCGUAUCCGUUAACACAACCUAUUCCAAAAGUAGAAGCUUUGGUACAAUGCUCAGGAGAAGCAAGAUUUGUGGUUGAUGAGGAUACAUCACGUGCAAAUUAUACAUUUUCAUCAUUUAUCUUGGCUCGUGCUACUCCUGGGUCAAAAAUUAAAAAGAUUAACACAGAAAAUGCCUUGAAAAUGCCCGGAGUUAUUGAUAUUAUACUAAGUAAAGAUAUUCCCGGUAGAAAUGGAUUUAAUGUAUUAGAAAUGGGAUAUACAUAUCAAACUGAAAUAUUUUGUGAAGGCGAAGUUAAAUAUAAUGGUCAAUUAGUUGGCUUAGUUAUUGCAGAAACGGAGCAAAUUGCUCGACAAGCAGCAAAAUUGGUAGAAUUAGAAUAUGAAGCACCUCCCAGUGAUAGAAUUAAUGUAUAUACAGUUCGGGAUGCAUUAAAAAUACCGAAUAAUCCUAGAAUUAAAGUUGAAGUACAAAAAGAACCAACCAGCAAAGGUACUGACAUCAAGCAUGUGGUUAAGGGCACAUUUGAUAUUGGGGCACAAUAUCAUUUAACAAUGGAAACUCAAACAUGUAUAUGUGUUCCAAUUGAGGAUGGAAUGGAUGUUUUUUCAUCCACACAAUGGAUGGAUUACGUCCAAAUCGCCAUUGCAAAAUCAUGUAACAUACCUUUAAAAAAUAUUAAUUUAAACGUACGCCGACUUGGUGGGGGUUAUGGUGCUAAAUUAACGUUACCAAGUUUAAUUGCAUGUGCAACAGCUGUUGCCGCAACGAAAUUAAACCGCCCGGUAUAUUCUCGUAUGCUUCUGGAGGAUAAUAUGGAAACAAUGGGUAAAAGAUUUCCAUGUUCGGCUGAUUAUGAAGUUGGAGUCGAUGAUAAUGGUAAAAUACAGCAUAUGGAUUUAUCAAUUUGGAUGAAUUAUGGAUGUACAGCAAAUGAAGUAUCUACAGGCCAUAUGUUAGGUUUUCUUGGAAACUUUUAUGAUACACAAACAUGGAAUAUAAAAACACAUGGAGUUUUAACUGAUGUUACACCUCAUACAUGGUGUCGAGCGCCCUCUUCAACUGAAGCAUUUGCUCUUACCGAACAAAUAAUGGAACAUAUCGCUGUAACCGUGAAAAAAGACUCUGAAUUUGUUCGUUUCCAGAAUGCACUUUCUACCGAGCAAACUUUACCAAAUAUGGUGAAGGAUUAUAAGUCUAGAACUGAUAUUGAACUUAGAAAACAAGAAAUUCAGGAAUUUAAUAAGAAUAAUCGCUGGAGGAAGCGUGCAAUAGGUCAAGUGAUUAUGGAUUAUUCAUUUGCAUAUUUUGGAUCUUAUUAUGCAUUGGUUUCAAUUUAUGGUGGCGAUGGAAGUGUAUGUAUUACACAUGGAGGUAUCGAAAUGGGACAAGGAAUUAAUACAAAAGUGCAACAAGUUGCUGCACAUACAUUAGGUAUUGAUUUGGAUAUGAUACAAAUAAAACCGUCAAGUGUAUUGACAGCACCAAAUAGUCCGCCAACCGGAGGUAGCGGUGGAAGUGAAAGUGUUUGUUUUGCAACCAUGCAAGCAUGUAAGAUGUUAUUGGAGCGAUUGGAACCUGUAAAAAAAAGUAUGGAAAAAUACGACUGGGUUAAUAUGAUCCGAUCAAGUGGUCAAUUUGGAAUUGAUUUAAAUGCUGUAUAUCAAGUUACACCAAAGGAAUUAAAAAAUUAUGAAAUAUAUGGAGUGACCUACACUGAAAUUGAACUUGAUGUUUUAACUGGUGUAGUACAAAUUAAUAGAGUGGACUUAUUAGAAGAUACUGGUGAAAGUUUAAGUCCAGAAGUUGAUAUUGGACAAGUGGAAGGUGCAUUUGUAAUGGGAUUGGGUUAUUGGUUGACAGAACAUAUUGAUUACGAUAAAAAUGACGGAAGAUUAUUGAAUACACGAACAUGGAAUUAUCACCCACCUGGUUUAAAGGAUAUACCAAUUGAUUGGCGUAUCGAAUUUAGGAAAAAUGCACCAAACCCGCUUGGUGUUCUACGAUCAAAAGCUACUGGAGAGCCACCGCUUUGCAUGAGUGUUUCCGUAGCAUUUGCUAUACGUAAUGCACUUUAUGAAAUACGGGCAGAAAAUAAUCCCACAGUAGAUCCUUGGUUCCCAUUUGAUGGACCAACAUCAACCAGCAGUAUUUUACUAAAUUCAAAAUUAAAUUAUCAAAACUUCAAAUUAAAAUAAUUUUAU